GCUUUUGUGGUAUAAUUGGUUACUGCUAGCUGCUACUACAAAGAUUUAGGCAUGGGAAUAUCCCAGUGAAGAUCUCACUUAAUCUGUUGAACAGAUUUUGGUUUUUGGUUUACAGUAGGCAUUGCCUAGCGCAAAUGGAGAGAAAAAGAGAUCCGACAAAGCAAGCUAGACAUGGCCAAGGAACAAUUGGAGGUGCUCAAUGCACUUGACACCGCAAAAACACAAUGGUAUCAUUUCACUGCAAUCAUCAUUGCUGGAAUGGGAUUCUUUACCGACGCGUAUGAUCUCUUCUGCAUAUCCCUUGUCACCAAAUUGCUCGGCCGCAUAUACUAUCAUGUUGAUGGUGCAGCCAAGCCCGGAACAUUGCCUCCGAAUGUGUCUGCUGCUGUCAAUGGUGUUGCAUUUUGUGGAACCUUGUCCGGGCAGAUCUUCUUUGGCUGGCUCGGUGACAAAAUGGGGCGAAAGAAGGUGUAUGGCAUGACUCUGAUGAUCAUGGUCAUUUGCUCCAUUGGUUCAGGUCUCUCCUUCAGCCAUGACCCGAAAGCUGUGAUUGCAACCCUUUGCUUCUUCCGGUUCUGGCUUGGGUUUGGUAUUGGUGGUGACUACCCUCUUUCAGCCACCAUCAUGUCUGAAUACGCCAACAAGAAGACUCGUGGUGCCUUCAUUGCCGCGGUCUUUGCCAUGCAGGGUUUUGGAAUUUUAGCAGGAGGGUUAUUUGCAAUGUUUGCAGCUUUCAUAUUUGAGGCCAAGUUCAAGGCUCCAGCCUAUGAAGUUGAUCCAAUUGGUUCAACUGUCCCACAAGCAGACUACCUUUGGAGAAUUAUUCUGAUUGUUGGUGCAUUUCCGGCAGCACUAACCUACUACUGGCGGUUGAAGAUGCCUGAAACUGCUCGCUACACAGCGCUCGUUGCCAACAAUGUUUCCCAGGCAGCAGCUGAUAUGUCAAAAGUUAUGCAGGUUGACAUUGAAUCUGAACCGGCCAGGGUUCAGCAACCCACCGUCUCUUUUGGUUUGUUCUCUAAGGAGUUCCUGCGCCGCCAUGGACUUCACUUGCUCGGAACCACAAGCACAUGGUUCUUGCUUGACAUUGCAUUUUACAGUCAAAAUCUGUUCCAGAAGGACAUUUUCAGUGCCAUUGGAUGGAUUCCUAAUGCCAAGACUAUGAAUGCCAUUGGAGAAGUUUAUAAAAUUGCAAGGGCGCAAACUCUUAUUGCUCUAUGCAGCACUGUGCCUGGUUACUGGUUCACUGUGGCCUUCAUAGACAGAAUGGGAAGAUUUAAAAUCCAAUUGAUGGGGUUCUUCUUCAUGACAGUGUUCAUGUUUGCAUUGGCAAUUCCAUACGAUUACUGGUCCGAUAAGGAUCAUGUGAUCGGGUUUGUGAUACUGUAUGCACUGACUUUCUUCUUUGCAAAUUUCGGACCCAAUGCUACUACAUUUGUGGUACCAGCUGAGAUUUUCCCAGCUAGGCUGAGGUCUACUUGCCAUGGCGUAUCGGCAGCAGCAGGAAAGUUAGGGGCAAUAGUAGGUGCCUUUGGGUUUUUGUAUUUGGCUCAACCUCAGGACAAGACUAAAGCAGAAGCAGGGUUCCCCGCCGGUAUAGGCGUCAAGAAUUCACUCAUUGUUUUGGGUGUGGUCAACUUAUUGGGUAUGCUAUUCACAUUCUUUGUUCCUGAAUCGAAAGGGAAGUCUUUGGAGGAAAUGUCAGGUGAGGGCAAUGAAGAAAGCAAUUAGGGAAGUAGAAGCGUAUGAGCAGCCAAGAGAGCUUGUGUAGUUCUUCUAAAACGUAGUAGGAAUUUCGGUAUUGUUGUCAUUCCUCUGCACUUUUAUCUUUUGUUUUCUUAUUGUUUCUCAAGUAGUAGCAGGAUUCUUUGCUUAUUGUUUCUCAAGUAGUAGCAGGAUUCUUUGCUUAUUGAUUUGUA